GGUCCCGCGGACUGCCUCCAGGGGCGGGCUGGAGGCGCACGCAACUCGCCUCCCAAUCCCCUCAGCCACUGCCGCUGGCCUGGGCACUUUUUUACCAGCUUGGCUGCUGGCGUCUUGCUGGAGGCUGGGGGAGGUGAAGGGUCACUGGGUGUCUUUGCCGUAUGCCGAAGGCACACUGCGGCCGGCGAUUCUGGUCUCUGCAGGUUUCCAAACCUCGCCGCUGCGCCUAGCACCCCUGGCUCAUCUUCUGCAGGAUCCCGAGGCACAAAGUUUUAUCCCGGGUCAGAAUUUGUAGGGGGUCAUCGAGAGGUGUCAUGUUUCCAUUCAGAGCGGUUCCAAAGCGUCUAGGAAGGGGCUGAGUGGGACCUGCUGCCUUGCCUUUGUUGGAAGGAGGACCCCUGAGCUCUGAUCCCAGACAGGCUGUCAGGACGCCCCCUUAGCAUUUAUGUUUGCAAACUGAUUCCUGGACCUGGGAGGUGGUAGGGCCGCCUGGCCCCUCCUCUCGGAGUAGCAUUAACUCCCUCCCUUCACUGGUAAAAUUCCCAGUAGGACAUUUGGCAAAAGGGCUCGGCAUGGAGCUGCCAACCGGGCCUGGCUUUGUUUCCUGGGUUCCCAGGGCUUCUCCCCUACCCUGACUUUCUUUCUCACCUUAGGGCCCCAGAUGAACGCACCAUCUGUCUUGUCCCAUCUUCCUUAGACGGGUUGGGACUCGCAGAGCCAUCUAACAAGCAGAGGAGGAAAAUAACAACAGAAUAACUAUAAGGGGGAAGGAAUGAGUAAUAAAGCUGACCCAGGCAGGGAGGAGGGCUUUCAUGUUUAAGAGAUGCUAUUUGCUUUUUGGGUCACAGGCUGCAAAAACAGGCUUUGAUCCGAAGUGGGCGAAUAAUUUAUUGAGCAAGUUUGCAUGGUAGAGGAAAAAAGGGAUGUUUGUUUGAUCUGGAGCCCUCUAGGUUGCCCCAAGUGCUGUUGGCUGUUGUUUUGAGUGGAAAAGCAUUUGGUUCUGCAGCAAAUGCCUCACAGAGGGAAGUCCUCGCCCCAGGCAGCAGGACUUGCAGUGAAUAUUGGUUUUGAAACUGUUUGGCCAAGGGUCCCCCCAUCACUUUUGGAGAUGAAGUGUUUAAGGACAGAGUUGUUUGGGCUCAGGAUGCAGCAAAUGUUUCCAGAAUGUUUUCCCGUCCAAAAUGCUUUUCCUUUCCCUAAAUUGCCUGGCUAAAGAGCCAGUAACAGUGGUCCAAGAGGUUGUCAGAAAUCUCCACUUGGCUUUCAUUGACUGGUGAGGUGGGACUGCCAGUCCCCAGGUCCUAGAUGCACCACAGAGUAUUGACACUGUAUAGGCCCUGGACACUGACCCCCACAUCCUUGAGGUUGGGAGGCAGGGUAUUCUGGCUCUAACCUAGUGUUCCUCUUAACAGGAAGGCAGUUGUCUUAUGCUCAUGACACAGGUAAGAGGCUUCUAGUCCAAAUUCUUCAUGGCACAUGCAGCAGGCUUUUUGGGACCUCACAGUUCUCCCUUUAGGUUCUCUGAUGGGGAGAACAGGUCAGAGUUGGGGAGCAGGAUACCCCUGGCUUGCCCUGUCCUCCAGAUAGGACCCUUACCAUGUGGCUCAAAAGCUUACAAUUGUAGGUCUGCUCAAAGCUCCUUUCAGACAGCCCAUAGGAAUCUGGAAUACCCAUACCCUGGAACUUGUAGGCCUGUACACUUUAGCCCACUGGAGAUGGGGUACACCUUCUGGAGUCAGACAGCCUAGGUUUGAAUCCUGGCUGUGCAGUUACCAACUGUCAUAAUGGCUCUAUACCUCAGUUCCUUCUGUUACAAGGAGCACUUUCUGCAAAUGGGAUUAAUAACAGUACCUAUCUCAUGGUGGAUGUAUAGAAUAAGUGAUUACCUAAAAAAGACUAAGCCCAAAGCAGGCAUGCAAUAAGCACGUGAUUAGUAUUAGUCAUCCUUAUUAUACCUGGGGAGGGUCCCCGAUGCAGCUUUGACCUUUGAUCUCUCACCUUUAGGCUAGGCCAGAGAGCCAGCUCGCUUCUCUGCAGAAGGGAUCAGAAGGAUCCUGCAGGUGCCAAUGGGCAGCCGAUAUGGGAGCGAGUAGACGGAGCUCUGCCCUCUCUGGGGCAAAGAGUAGGGUGAGAAGGUUCUGAAGAACAAAGUAGACAGAGCCUUUUCAUUCUCCCACCAUCCCCUUGGUACGUCCCCAGAACUGGUCUGGAGGGUGGGUGUGGCAGCAUCUUCAAGGGGAGCUGAGUCCCCUCUGGGACACUUGAAGUUGCAGACAGGCAGUGGCUGGUGUUGCAGGAGGGUUCAGGCUCCUCUAGACUUGGAGAAGCAGGUCCAGGAAGCCGACUGGAGGAUCCCAGGCAGCAGCCCUCUACUCUGUAUACAAAAUCAUUUUUGUAACUGCAAUUACUGUCCCUGAGAAGGCAUUAAAGUUAAUGAGAGAUAGGAAAGAGUGGGGCUGUGACCCCUGUUUAAAGCGGUUUAAGAGUGUGCAGCUCUUGUUUUCUGAAUGUCUGGCCUUCCCAACACAAGGAGGCUCUGAGGACAGGUUUUCCAGCCGAAAUAUCAUUAAAUUGUAUUAGCAUCUUAUUACACACACGCCUUAGCGGUCUGCCUCAGACAGGGAGAGUUUUUGUUUCUCUUUGAAAGAUUGUGUCUGGAAUGGUAAAUUGCCUGCUUGAAAGCCCUUUUUCCCCCUUUUUUUAAAGAGGAGGACGAAAUCCUGCUGUGUGGUGGCGGGCAGGCCAGGCCUAGUGGCCCCUGGAGAGGAGAGGCUGGAGGCCAGGUUGGGGUGUUUUAACUGCCCAGGGAGUGGCUGCAGUGGCAGGCCUGAAAGGCCCACUGUUCCCAGGGUCAGCUGGAAGGGCGUUAAUGGAGGCCCAGGGUGUUUAUUUGAGUUUAUUUGCAGAGAGGUCUUUAAAGGGGGCUGGCAUUGGGCAUUGGUGUUUUAAGUCCAGACCUGAGGCCCCCACUAAGGCCAACCACUAGUGCUGCCAAGAAAACAUCUGCCACCAAAUUGCUGCCCUAUUACUGAGUUGACAUUGAUCAUUAGCCAGGAGCCCAACCAAAUAAAGCCUCCUGGAAAAUGUGUGAGGUUAAGACGGGGAAGGCAGGCUGUGAAAACAAGGGCGAAAUCUUGGGCUAGGGUGUUUGUUCCUGCAAGCCACAGGCAGGCCAGCUGGACUGUGUGGUCCCGACACUUCUUGGGGGAGGGAGCGAGAGCACACUCAGCACUCCCUAGUAUGUCACUGGGGUUCUGGCUGGAGUCUAAAUGGAAUGCUCCUUACUCUUCAUGGAAUAUACAUUCCCAAGGAGAACGACAUGCAACAAGUAGCUCAACAAGCACAGCUGGGAUGGGUAUUCCGUGGACACUGGGUGGUGAAUUUCUUCAGAUAGUGUGAUGAGCAUAGACUGACAUGGGCCACACUGAAGCUUAAACCUGAAGGUUGAAAAGUCAGACAUGCAUAGACCACAUAGAAGAAUAUUCCAAACAGAGUGGAGUACAGCGUGUGCACAGGGCUCGAAGUAUGGAAUAUUUGGCUUGUUCAAAGGAAUGAAAGGAGCCCAGCAUGGCUAGAAGGUGGUGAGGAAGGGGAUAGUGGUCAGUAUGAAGUUGUCCAGGUGGCAGGGGCCAGAUUGUGUAGGGUCUUGUGGUCAGGAGCUUAGGCUUUGUCCUUUGAUCUAUGAAGCCUUUGAAAGAUUUUCAUAGGGGCAUGAUAUGAUCUGAUUUAUGCCUUUUAAAAUUUUUAUUUUGUUCUAAUUUUGUUUAGAGAUGGGGUCUUGCUGUGUUGCCCGGGCUUGCCUUGAACUCCUGGGCCCAAGUGAUCCUCCUGCCUCUACCUCCCAAGUAGCUGGAACUACAGGUGCAUAUCACCAUACUCAGCUUCUGAUUUAUACCUUUUUUUUUUUUUUGAGACAGAAUCCCACUCUGUUGUCCAGGCUGGAGGGCAAUGGCACAAUCUCGGCUCACUGCAACCUCUGUCUCCCAGGUUCAAGCAAUUCUCUUGCCUCAGCCUCCAGAGUAGCUGAGAUUACAGGCUUCCGCCACUACGCCUGGCUAAUUUUUGUAUCUUUAGUAGAGACGGGGUUUCACCACAUUAGCCAGGCUGGUCUCGAACUCCUGACCUCUCAAGUGAUCCACCCGCUUUGGUCUCCCAAAGUGCUGGGAAUAUAAGGAUGAGCCACCGUGCCUGGCUUUUUUUUUUUUUUUUUUUUUGAGACAGGGUGUCACUCUGUCACCCAGGCUGGAGUGCAGUAGCAUAAUCACAGCUCACUGCAACCUCAACCUCCUGGCCUCCCACUUCAGCCCCUUCAGUAGCUGGGACCACAGGCACACGCCACCAUGCCCAGCUAACUUUUGUAUUUUUCAUAGAGUCGGGGAUUUGCCAUGUUGCCCAGACUGAUCUUGAACUCCUAAGCUCAAGUGAUCCACCUGCUUUGGCCUCCGUAAGUGCUGGGAUUACAGGUGUGAGUCACCGCACCCCGACUGAUUUAUGCUUUUUAAACAUCACUCUGGCAGCUAUGUGGAGCCUGGACAUGGGUGAAUUGAUACUGGAAGCUGGGAGAUGAACAAGUGGUUCAGGCAAGAGAUGAGAUUGGCUUGGACCAGUGUGGUGAUAGUAGGAAGAAAGUGGGUGUGUUCUGGAGGCAAAGCCUAGUGGACUUGGUGGGGCCGAGGAUACAGAGAGGCUGUGGGCUUUUGCUUCAUUGAGGGGACUCUACGACACCCACACUUUGAAGGAGAGCUUCCUACCUGUGUCUCCAUGCUGGGGGUUGCAUGAGAGGUGCCAAUAGACUAGUGCAAAUGGCAGGAAAAGGAGAUCCUUUCUUUCCUAAAGUCUCCUUUAUAGGUAGGAUUUCUGUCCUCGAAAGCAAGUGCCUUGUGACACUGAAAUCUUCUCCCACAGCAGACCUUGCUUUGGGGGAGAUGGGGGAAGCCAGUGGAGAGGAAAAACCAGAGGCCAAGAUCACAUCUAAGCACCUCCACCCCCCAAGUGUGUUUGCAGUCCUGGAUUUCAGCUUCAGGAAAGGAGUCCUCCCUGUCCCUCUUGCUGAGGUUGCGAGGAGGGUGAUCCAUGGGGCAAAAAGCUGACAUAGUGCAGUCCCAGGCCUCAUUAGCCACUGUGACAGUGGGAGCUCGCUGGAGCAAGGAGGCCUUUGGAAGACUUGGUUUAAAGGAAAGAAGCUGCACUCACAAAACAGUGGCUUCCUUCUCAAGCCUAGUUGUUAUAACAAUUAAGCCACCACAAAAUCUGCUCCCUUAAUAAUAGCCUCCCAUGGGACAGCCCUGACCCAGAAUAAUCCCUAGGCACUCUGGGGUGUUUCGUGGAGGACAGGGUUGGAUGGGGAAUUGGCUUGGUGCGGGGUGUAGGUCUGUAUGCUGUCACCUGUUGGUCUCUGGGCAGUCAAGGAGUCCUUUCGAGGGCACCUUCCUUACUGUAUAGGGUCACUGCCUCUUUUUUAGGAGGCCCUCCUCCAGGACUUUCCGACCUGGUCCAAGGCUGCCAUGGUAUUACUAACUGGCACCCAUAUGGAUCUCUAGCCACUGUGCUGAGGGCUUUACACUGUUCUUAUUUAUUCUCACCAGCUGAUUCUGGCCCACAGAUGUGUUUAGUUUGGCCCUUUCAGAGUGUUGUAAAAAUUCUGACUCAGUUGCCAACAUUUUAAAUUAAGGACAUUUAUGUAAAAAGCCAGUUCCAGUUUAUCUCCUCUGGGAGUAUGUCUUUCCCAAGGUCGCUGGUCUGUGAGGAGAGGAGCUAGGAUUUGAACCCAUCAACAACUUCUGCUUUUAAUGCUGUGGGAGAUGCUGGCUCGGAAGUACCUUCUUUGCAGGAAAUGAAGAGAAAUGGAAUUCGCAUACAGGAUUGCAAAAGAAAAUGGAUGGAAGAGAAGAGGCGAAAAUACUCCAUCAGCAGUGACAACUCUGACACCACUGACAGUCAUGCGACAUCUACAUCCGCAUCAAGAUGCUCCAAACUGCCCAGCAGCACCAAGUCGGGCUGGCCCCGACAGAACGAAAAGAAGCCCUCCGAGGUUUUCCGGACAGACUUGAUCACAGCCAUGAAGAUCCCGGACUCAUACCAGCUCAGCCCGGAUGACUACUACAUCCUGGCAGACCCAUGGCGACAGGAAUGGGAGAAAGGUGUGCAGGUGCCUGCCGGGGCAGAGGCAAUCCCAGAGCCCGUGGUGAGGAUCCUCCCACCACUGGAAGGCCCCCCUGCCCAGGCAUCCCCGAGCAGCACCACGCUUGGUGAGGGCUCCCAGCCUGAUUGGCCAGGGGGCAGCCGCUAUGACUUGGACGAGAUUGAUGCCUACUGGCUGGAGCUCAUCAACUCGGAGCUUAAGGAGAUGGAGAGGCCGGAGCUGGACGAGCUGACAUUAGAGCGUGUGCUGGAGGAGCUGGAGACCCUGUGCCACCAGAAUAUGGCCAGGGCCAUUGAGACGCAGGAGGGGCUGGGCAUCGAGUACGACGAGGAUGUUGUCUGCGACGUGUGUCGCUCUCCUGAGGGCGAGGAUGGCAACGAGAUGGUCUUCUGUGACAAGUGCAACGUCUGUGUGCAUCAGGCAUGCUACGGGAUCCUCAAGGUGCCCACGGGCAGCUGGCUGUGCCGGACGUGUGCCCUGGGUGUCCAGCCAAAGUGCCUGCUCUGCCCCAAGCGAGGAGGAGCCUUGAAGCCCACUAGAAGUGGGACCAAGUGGGUGCAUGUCAGCUGUGCCCUAUGGAUUCCUGAGGUCAGCAUCGGCUGCCCAGAGAAGAUGGAGCCCAUCACCAAGAUCUCGCAUAUCCCAGCCAGCCGCUGGGCUCUGUCCUGCAGCCUCUGCAAGGAAUGCACAGGCACCUGCAUCCAGUGUUCCAUGCCUUCCUGCGUCACAGCGUUCCAUGUCACAUGCGCCUUUGACCACGGCCUGGAAAUGCGGACUAUAUUAGCAGACAACGAUGAGGUCAAGUUCAAGUCAUUCUGCCAGGAGCACAGUGACGGGGGCCCACGUAAUGAGCCCACAUCUGAGCCCACGGAAUCCAGCCAGGCUGGCGAGGACCUGGAAAAGGUGACCCUGCGCAAGCAGCGGCUGCAGCAGCUAGAGGAGGACUUCUACGAGCUGGUGGAGCCGGCUGAGGUGGCUGAGCGGCUGGACCUGGCUGAGGCGCUGGUCGACUUCAUCUACCAGUACUGGAAGCUGAAGAGGAAAGCCAAUGCCAACCAGCCGCUGCUGACCCCCAAGACCGACGAGGUGGACAACCUGGCCCAGCAGGAGCAGGACGUCCUCUACCGCCGCCUGAAGCUCUUCACCCAUCUGCGGCAGGACCUAGAGAGGGUUAGAAAUCUGUGCUACAUGGUGACAAGGCGCGAGAGAACGAAACACGCCAUCUGCAAACUCCAGGAGCAGAUAUUCCACCUGCAGAUGAAACUUAUUGAACAGGAUCUGUGUCGAGAGCGGUCUGGGAGGAGAGCAAAGGGCAAGAAGAGUGACUCGAAGAGGAAGGGCUGCGAGGGCUCCAAGGGCAGCACUGAGAAGAAAGAGAAAGUGAAGGCGGGGCCUGACUCAGUCCUGGGGCAGCUGGCAGGCCUGUCCACCUCAUUCCCCAUCGAUGGCACCUUCUUCAACAGCUGGCUGGCACAGUCGGUGCAGAUCACAGCAGAGAACAUGGCCAUGAGCGAGUGGCCACUGAACAAUGGGCACCGCGAGGACCCUGCUCCAGGGCUGCUGUCAGAGGAACUGCUGCAGGACGAGGAGACACUGCUCAGCUUCAUGCGGGACCCCUCACUGCGACCUGGUGACCCUGCUAGGAAGGCCCGAGGCCGCACCCGCCUGCCUGCCAAGAAGAAACCACCACCACCACCACCGCAGGACGGGCCUGGUUCACGGACGACUCCAGACAAAGCCCCCAAGAAGACCUGGGGCCAGGAUGCAGGCAGUGGCAAGGGGGGUCAAGGGCCACCUACCAGGAAGCCACCACGUCGGACAUCUUCUCACUUGCCGUCCAGCCCUGCAGCCGGGGACUGUCCCAUCCUAGCCGCCCCUGAAAGCCCCCCACCACUGGCCCCUGAGACCCCGGACGAGGCAGCCUCAGUAGCUGCUGACUCAGAUGUCCAAGUGCCUGGCCCUGCAGCAAGCCCUAAGCCUUUGGGCCGGCUCCGGCCACCCCGCGAGAGCAAGGUAACCCGGAGAUUGCCGGGUGCCAGGCCUGAUGCUGGGAUGGGACCACCUUCAGCUGUGGCUGAGAGGCCCAAGGUCAGCCUGCAUUUUGACACUGAGACUGAUGGCUACUUCUCUGAUGGGGAGAUGAGCGACUCAGAUGUAGAGGCCGAGGACGGUGGGGUGCAGCGGGGUCCCCGGGAGGCAGGGGCAGAGGAGGUGGUCCGCAUGGGCGUACUGGCCUCCUAACUCACCCCCUUCCCUGUCCCAGGCCCUGCCCUGGUCCCCCCACAAGGCCUCAGCCCAGUCACAACUGCCAUUUCCAGUCUCUGCUGAGUGUCCCAGACCCUCGAGGCUGCCACUCCGUCGUGGUUUUAUUUUUAAUAUAGAGAGAGUUUUGAAUUCUACACUGUUGUCUUUCCUCUGUGCUGGCCUAGGACAUUAGGAUUCCUUCCACGGCUCCAGCCACUAGGACCCUGCCAGGUCCCGCGCACCAUCCCUGCCCUGCCCACGUGGUAUUGCUGGGCUCCUGGCUAGAUGCAAGCAAGGUGGAGAAGAGCUCAGGACUCCAGCCCGCUGCCACUGGGUGACACAGACUGUCGUUUGGGCAUUAUUUCAUGGCAGAUGGGCCAGUCCAGGGCCUACCCCGCCUUGCCCCCAGAUCCCACUGGGGUCCAUUUGGGGGGUCCUGCUACACUCCACCGAUCCCUAAGGAAGUAUAAUAAACGAUACCCAGCCAGAGUCUACUCACUGUCACAAGCACAACGAGUUUAUAUGAGAAAGCACUGAGGGGGUGCAGAGGGCCCGCUAGUUCCAGGGGAACUGAAAGCUGUUCCUGAUCAGCCCGUAUCAUCUGAGGCCUGCCUGCCCACCCUGCCACCCUCCCCUCCCUUGCUGCUCUGCCCCUGCCAGUGCCCAGCCCAGCGGCUCUGGGAAGGGGUUCCCAGAAUCCCUCCUGAGCUGUGCCAUUUACUCAGGGGACUCCCAAACAGCCAGCUGCCAGUGCAGGUGGAGGGCUGUAGGGGAGGGCCAGUGCCCAGACAGGGUCAUGGGGCUCAGACCAGCCCACUGUAGAGAAUCACUCUGGGGCUCCAACUUCCUUCCUUCCUUCGGGGCCAGUCUCGGCUGAAGUCUGGUCACUCUCAGACAGAGCUGACCAGACCAGACCGUUUGCCUUUUCAAGUUUCCUAGUCCUGCUACGAGAUGAGCUUCUUCCGUGGUUUCCUUUUGGAAACUCCUCCUUCCAACAAGCAGUGGGAUCCCGGGGCCCAGGGCGGGCCGGUGUUGGCCGCUGGGGCUGUUGUAAGUCUUGCUGGACGUUCCCCCGUUCCUGAGCCUUAACCCCUCACCCAGCCAUCCCCCCCCCACCCCCCGCGUCCUGCCUUCCCCACCCCACCCUUAGGUCCCAGGUAGUUGCUCUGAAGAGUUUCAGUAGAGUGGCCCCAGGGUGAUAGCUCAGGGAACAACAAAAAAGGAAUUCCGUGAAAACAUUUUUUUUUUCUUUGAUGAAUUACUCCUGGGUCACUUCCACCACUGGUAAAGCCAGAACUUCUCCAAAAAGAACCUUGCAAAAAGUCCAGUGAAUCAGUCGAAUCAUUCUGUGGAUGCCAAAGAAUAUUUUGACCAUAAUACAGCACAGCCUGGACCUGACAACUUGUCACUUGGACUUUUUUUUAAAUGGAGUUCUUUAGCAACAAAGUAUAGAAACAUGUUCAUUGCACACACCCAAGGAGAAGAGCUCAAGCGCUUGGAAGAGGAUGCUUUGCUGCUGCUGAAGUGUACCUGGGUGUUAGAUUUCAGAUCCUGGGCUGAGCCCACUGUGAGCUUUCCUAAACUCUGAGACUCACAGAGGGGAAAGAUACUGACGGUGAAACCAGCAUGGAAAACGUCUUUACCAUGUGGUUCCCUCCUCCCCAAAUACAUAAAGCAAAUAAGCAGGAUGGGGAACAGCUUGACCUUCAUCCACCCCUAACUCCAAAACUAUCAAGGUACGACAGUGGCAUUGUCAUCAACACUCAAUUUCAUGUGAAUUUUAGCAAAACAGGAAACAAAGAUAAUGACUCAGUUCAGAGGAUCGGACAAAUGUGUCUAGUCCGGGUGGACUUGGAGGGAGUGGGGUGGGCUUCAAGGAUUCUGGGCGUUGGGAUGGCAUGAGCUACCCCGUAGAGUUUAGUCUGCCUGCCCGCCUUGGUAGUAGUGACCAGUCAGUGUCAGCAUCAGUGUCCCAACCCCAGUCUCUGUUUACUGCCUUUGAACAGAACUUCUUCCUUCCCCAUGCUUUGGGUCACCUCGGGCUGCAACCCUGUCUGUGCCAGAUUGCCCGGUCUGACCCUGCAGGAAGCAAAGAGGUGAGCUUAAAGAACAACCAAACUCUGCCAGGGGUCCCAGAAAGCCCAGGGUCCAGCAGUCUCAGCACUUGGCCCCUUGCCCCUUCACACCAUCCUGGGGCAGGGGCUGGGCCUUCCUGGUGGCAGGGGUGGGUGGAGAAUUAGGGAGAGGGUGCAACGAGUCUGGCCCCUUGCCUCGGGCUGGCUGGUGUUCUUCCAAGAGCCUCUGCUCACAUUGUUGGCCUCUGGAUUCUGGCCCUUCUUCAUUGGCUAUUGCUUUGGACUGGACUGUCGCUGAGCCCGUGUCCUGCAGAACCCAGAUGUCUGUUAGGCUGGCUGGCUGCUGCGAGGGGAGGGGGGUGGCCUUUCACUUGGGGUGCCCUUUCACUCCCAGGCCAAGCCCUGGAGCAAUCUUCUUCAGGCAGCUGUCUCCACCUCCAGGAUGUCCAGCAGGCUGCAAGGAGAAGGAUGCCAGCCACCCAUCCUCCCCCAGUUCCCAGCCUUUCCCCUGUUGGUCACAGCCGCUUCUGUCUUUUUCCGGUCUACUGUCCCCAGUGUAGAGGGCUUUGCUGUCCCUGAGACUGAGGCAGGUUCCUUUUCCAGGCCAGAGGUGGAGGUAGAUCUUUCUCUCAACCACAUCUGCCUACACACACUGCUCCUCCGCAGGGAAGGAGAAGCUGCUCUGUAACUCAUUCUGGCUAUCGUCCCCCUUCUCACUGACCUGACCGCCCACCACCUCCUUCCCCCUCAUCACAUGACAAAGGAUAAUGUGCAAGAAAAGUAUUUUUAUGUAUCAUAAAUGUAUUUUGAAACAAAUGAGAAGAAGAAAGGUAGAAGGGUUUAUUUUAUUAAAUGAGCCUGACUUAGUGACAGUGUGUGAGCAUUUGCAAUGUAAGGGCCUCAGCUUCCUUGGAGAAGCCACCCCAGGUUUCCAGACAUAGAUGUUGAAUUGUUUGUGGGGGGUGUGCCAGGCCACGUCUCGUGUGUCCAUAUGCAGGCAUGCCUGUGUGUACUGUGUAUGGGCACACUGUGGGACUAGCUGGGACAAUUCCUAGAGAUUCAACUGCCCAAUUCUAACCAACAUUGGCAGCGGCUGAACUUGGCAUUUCCUUGCUAACUGCCAGAUGUGGCCAACCUCUGUCCAUACGCAAACCACUGAAAAAUGAUCUGGAUUUCUAUAGCAAGGCCCUUGGGGAGGGCACUCUCCCAUGCCCUUGGCCUCACUGGCCACAUUGGCCAAUGAGCCAGGGCUGGAGUCUGAGACCUUUGGUUGUUCUUCAAGGCACCUCCUGCCACUUUCUCCCUCAGAGGCACAAACGCUUUGUGUUCCACAUCAGUUUGAGGGGACGGUGGGGGGAUGAUAUGAAUGUCACAGGAGGUGACACCUUCUGUCUUUGUUUCAAAGAAAGUGAUGUGCCAUUUGUUAAUAUACAAGAGAAAUAUUGAAAAUAUAUUGAAAAGAGCAAUUUUAAAUUAUUUUUGGCUUAUGUUGCAAUAUUUAUUUUCUUGUAUUAGAAAAGAUUCCUUUGUAGAGAAAAAAUGUAUUUUUCAUUAACGCAAAGACCUAUUUCUCCUUUUUGUACAUUGUCCAUGUGCGCAACCCUUAACGAGCAAUAGAAUGUAUGGUCACCUGGGUGUGGCCAGUGCCCGCUGUGCCCUGCAUGAUUCUGUGUUGCCGCUGCUGCAUAGUUCCCAGCCCCAUCCUGUCCUGCUCACUCAUGGGGGCUUCCAGACCCCGGCCCCACCAGGGCUUGUGUCACAGGGAGCCCUUUGCACUCCUCGUGUGUUGGCAAACGCAGUUAAUAAAGCAAUGUUUUCUGUGC